UGUUAUGGCUAUAAAUAUCACAAAGAAAAAGAAAACAAACAUUUUCUGUUACAAAAUCUGUUUCAUGGUUCUGAGCAUUGUCUGUGGAGCUCUCUUUGGUCCAGUUUGUAUGUUUGUAAAUGCAUAUUCAGCCAUAAUAAGGGAAAAGUUGUUUAAAACAAACCUUAAUUGGAUGGUACCCUUAUUAGUAGCAUUCUUUGCCUUUGUCGAGAUUGCCAUAGCAAUAUUAUCUUCAGCCGUCAGUUGUUGUUGUUCAGCUGUUUCUGAAGCAAAGGUUCGGGUAUUUAUCCCUGGAGGAUUUCCUUCGCCACCUUCACGUCAAAAAAGUAACACGUCAAUGGAUUAUUUCACCACUUCGAAGACAAAGAAUCCAGUCAAUGUUACCACAACAAAAAGAUUUGAAUGGCCGGAUACUGGAAUGUUUAAAAAUAACAAUAAACAACCAUUGGGAAAGAUUUAGAUGGUACAUUAACGAGAUGUAUGAAAUAUGUUAAAGAAAUUUGUUAAUAAUUGUACAUCAUUUAUGGCAAGUUUGUACAAUCUAUUGUGAAUGUUUUAUUUCGUUUCGUUUUUGUAUUUGUGUCGUUUUGUAUCGGAGAGAAAUGUUUGUAAUUGACAUGUUAGCAGCUAAACUUGCGUAUAAUAUCUUGCCAUUGAAUAUAACAUAGCAUUGUUCUACGCAAUAACAUCUUGAAUUAUUCUAAUAGCUUGAUUACGUAUCAAUUUUAUGAUAUUAUUUGAACUUGUGAUAAUUUUAUUCCUGCUUUUAAUUUUUAUUAAAAAGAAUAUGUGUCCUUCGUUUGAAUCAAUUUUGUUUUGUUUAGUUUAACUUCAAUAAUUGACUAUCAGUACUUAUGGAUUCAUUGUUAUAUCUGACACAGGACCGGUUCAGCUCGAAGUUAUUGUUCUUGGUCAUACUCUUAUGCUGCAAUUAGUACAAACCAUAGUUAAUACAGACAAUCAAAAUGGAUGAACCAUAUUUUUACACUAUGAAAAACUUCAUAAAAAAUACAGAGAUGAUUCAUGAUUGUCUAUGAGACAACUAUUUAUUAAAGAUCAAAAGACAAAGUUUUAAGACUUAAACAAUCAAUGACAGCUCACCGCACGGCCUUUAAUGAUGAGCAAACCACAUAUAAUAAGCCAUAAUAGGCGCAGGGGUCCACAAUGGGAAAAUUCAAACGAUUUAUUCGAAAAUUAUAAACGUAAAGCAAUUAU